AUGUCAACUCCCUCUCAUCAGGAAGCUCUUUUCCUUGAGGCCAAGCAAGGCCAGUGGGCUGUCAGGACUACGGAACUUCGCAAGCCUGGACCAGGCGACAUCGUCGUGAAAGUCGAAGCAGCGGCCCUCGGCGGUGUCGAAAGGAAGAUCCAAGCCUGGGGUAUCCUCAUCACGGAAUAUCCUACCAUUCUUGGGCUUGAUGGUGCUGGCACGGUUGUCGAGCUCGGCGAAGGCGUCACGACGUUUGUAGUUGGUGAUCGAGUUACAUUUCAUGGAAACUGGGAUACCAUUGCAGGCGCGAGUUAUGGCACCUUCCUUCAGUACUUUACCGGUUCUGCGCAGUUCGCCGUCAAAAUACCCGACAGCAUCUCGUUUGAAGCUGCGUCUACGGUGCAUCUUGGCGUCGCCACCGCGGCAUUCUCUAUCUACAACCAGGCCGACUCCGCACCCUCCGCCAAGUAUCUCGCACCCUGGCUGCCUGGAGGCCGAGGCAAGUAUGCGGGGAAGCCGAUCGUGAUCCUUGGCGGAGGGACGUCCCACGGCCAAUACGUGACCCAGAUCACUGGCGGACCCGUCGAGCUCGUGUACGACGCUGUCUCCACCGCCGCGACGCUCCCUUUCGCGCUGGCUUUGACUGCGCCUGGGGGCAACGUGAUCGUCGUCCAAUUCACGCCAGAGGAACUCAUCGCCCAGGCUCAGAAAGACGGGAAAGCUGUACAUAUGGUUCACGGUGUCUUCAGGACCCCCAUCAACCACGAGAUCGGUGGGACGUUGUUGUGGAAGCUGCCUGAAUUGCUUAAUAGCGGCGAUAUCAAGCUAGGCGACCUGUUAUAUCCAAACCGUUGGGAAGUGCUCCCAGGAGGGUUGAACGGCAUCGUCGGUGGACUGGAGCGCAUGAAGAACGACCAAGUUAGCGGGGUCAAGUUAGUCGUGCGCCUGCAGGAGACCGAUUGA